UGUUGAUAAAAACGAUUACAAUUUAAAAUGUUGAUGUAAUUUUGUGUACUUAAUAUUUUAGAGUAAGCUGUUCUUGGAGAUAACUUAUUAAAAAAAUGGAUUCAAAAAUAGACACUGCUCCCAUAGAAGAAUAUCCUCCAGUGAAUUGGGGUAAUGAAAAAUUAGAAGAGGCUCAAGAAGCUGUAAAAGAAAACCAAUGGGAUGUUGAAUCAUGGUCAAUACUGCUACGUGAAGCCCAAACUAGGUGGAUAAAUGAUGUGCGAUCGUUUUUUGAAAAGCUUGUUGAGACUUUUCCAACAUCUGGCCGGUAUUGGAAAUAUUAUAUUGAAAUGGAGAUGCGAGGUAGAAAUUUUGAAAAAGUAGAAAAGCUUUUUCAACACUGUCUUGUUAAAGUAUUGAAUAUUGAAUUGUGGAAACUCUAUCUGGCUUAUGUUAAAGAAACCAAAGCCUUGUUACCUACCUAUAAAGAAAAAAUGGCUCAAGCUUAUGAUUUUGCACUUGAAAAAAUUGGAAUGGAUAUCCAUUCUUACAAUAUAUGGCAAGAUUACAUUACAUUUCUCAGUAGUGUUGAAGCUGUUGGCUCUUAUGCAGAAAAUCAAAAGAUAACAGCUAUAAGAAAGGUAUACCAGAGAGGUGUUGUGAAUCCCAUGAUUAGCAUUGAGUUACUUUGGAAAGAAUAUCUAGCAUUUGAGCAAAGUAUUAAUGUUAUGAUUGCUGACAAAAUGAUGAUUGAACGUAGCAGAGAUUAUAUGAAUGCUAGAAGAGUAACCAAAGAAUAUGAAGUUGUUAUAAGAGGAUUGAAUAAAAAUUUUCCCAGUAUUCCACCUACUGGAAGCUUAGAUGAAAUGAAACAAGUUGAACUUUGGAAAAAAUAUAUAAUUUGGGAAAAGUCAAAUCCUUUAAAUACAGAAGAUACAGCUCUUAUUACUCGAAGAGUUAUGUUUGCCUUUGAUCAAGCACUCUUAUGCAUGAGCCAUCAUCCUGACUUUUGGUAUGAAGCUGCCCAAUUCUUAGAUGGAAGUUCUAAAAUUUUGGCUGAAAAAGGAGAUAUAUCAGCUGCUAAACAGUAUAGUGAUGAAGCAUCUAAUGUAUAUGAGAGAGCUAUAGGAACAGUUUUAAAUACAAGCAUGUUAUUACGCUUUGCUUAUGCUGACUUUGAGGAAGGCCGAAUGAAUUAUGAAAAAGUACAUAGUAUAUAUAAAAGCUAUUUAGAAAAUGAACCUAUUGAUCCAACAUUGACAUAUGUUCAAUAUAUGAAGUUUGCUCGUCGAGCAGAAGGUAUAAAAUCAGCACGAGCUGUAUUUAAAAAAGCGCGAGAAGAUCCUAGGUCUAAAUAUCAUGUGUAUGUUUCUGCUGCAUUAAUGGAAUACUAUUGCAGUAAAGAUAAAAAUAUAGCAUUUCGUAUAUUUGAACUCGGGUUGAAAAAAUAUUGUGAUAAUCCUCAAUACAUAAUUAGUUACAUUGAUUAUUUAUCUCAUCUCAAUGAGGAUAAUAACACAAGAGUAUUAUUUGAAAGAGUUUUGUCUAACACUAGUUUAGAGCCAGAAAAGUCUGUAGAAAUAUGGAAUCGGUUUCUUGAGUUUGAAUCGAAUAUUGGAGAUUUAUCAAGUAUAUUAAAAGUAGAAAAACGAAGAUCAGCUGUCCUAGGCAAACUUGUAGAAUUUGAAGGGAAAGAAACUGCACAAUUAGUAGACAGAUAUAGAUUUUUAAAUUUGUAUCCCUGUACAAGUCCUGAAUUAAGAUCUAUUGGUUACAAUGAAGUAACUAAUACAGUUUCAAAAACAAUGCAUAAUUCACAACAAAGAUCUGCUGUUACUGACGGUUUAGAUGAUAUAGAAAAUAGACCAAAUGAAAAACGUUUACCGGAACCUGAUGUUUCACAAAUGGUACCUUAUAAACCAAAAUUAAAUGCUUUUCCUGGCGAACAUAUAGUACCUGGGGGAACUUUUCCGCCUCCUCCAGCUGCUUGUCAACUAAUGCAAGUUUUACCACCUCCUGGAUGUUUUCAUGGUCCAUUUGUUUCUGUUGAUAUGCUCAUGGAUAUAUUCCAUAGACUUAUUUUACCAGAGAAAGCACCAGCUCCAAAAGCAGAUAAUGGAUGUGAUGUAAAAUUAUUUGAUACAGCUGUUUCGGUACAGUGGGCUAAUGAAGAUACUGCUACUCACGGAGCACCUAAUAAAAAGAAACGAAAAAUAGUAGGAUUAUCAGGAAAAGGUGGAGAUGAUAGUGAUGAAGAUAUCAAUUUAGCUCCACCACCAUUUGAUAUUUAUCGUGCUAGACAACAAAAAAGAGUUGUAAAAUAAUUUUAAUAAAUUGAAUUUUCUUACUAAUUCAUAUUAAUCAAUGUAUAUAAAAACAAUUGUAUGUUUGUAAAUAUUAAUUAUGAUUUUAGUUAGUUUUUUUUUUAUUUGUUUAUUAUUUUUUUUUUAAUCAUUAAAACUUUGAUAAUAAAAGUAAAAUAAAAUAAUUUAUUUUUUAAGUAUUAUUAAUUCAAAAAAUGUAAAAAUACUUCUAUACAUUAUUUAAUUGAUAAUUUAGUACUUUGCAAAUCAAUUUUUUUAAAUUUUAUGUUAUUUGGCUUUUUUUUUGUAAUUGGGAAACA